ACCACUUCGUGGAGUGCACUUUUUAUUCUGUACUCGAGCACGCAGCCACUCUCAAUUGUUGGCUGUUUGCAUAUACAUGUUUGAGGAUCUGUGACUUGCCUGAUGCAGAAUAGAGACUGUUGGACCGCGUGGUCUUACCAGAUUUUAGUGGUAAUCAGUCAGUAUAUUGUGAGUGAGGAUUGUUGUUGUUGUUGAUUGAUCUCUCCGGCUUGCCGGUUGUCAAAGUCACAGAAAAGAUCAAAAUUGUGAAUAGAUAACGAACAAUAGGCUAUUUUAAAAAUCUUGGUGUCAGUGAUAGUGUUGGAGAGUGGUGGUGGAAGAGACAAAGGAGAAGGGUGUGCAACGAAAGAGGGUUGUUAUGGGGCGAAACUGUCAUCUGCUGCUACUUUCGCCGCUGUAUUUGCUGACAAUAUUCGGCAUUCUCGCAGUGGCUGAUGCUCUCUUCAUUGACAGCAAGUCUUGUGCUUUAAGGCAAUUUCAGUGUGAGAAUGGUAAAUGUAUACCGGCUCCGUGGGUUUGCGACUUAACAAACGACUGCGGAGACAAUUCCGAUGAAACCAACAAGAAGUGCAAAGGUUCACAGAAGUGCAGCGACACGCAGUUCAAGUGCACGAACGGCAAGUGCAUACCCGGAUCGUGGCACUGCGAUAACGAACACGAUUGCUCCGAUGGCUCCGACGAAGACCCAGCGGUUUGCAGUCUGAAGAAUUGCACGACGGAUCAGUUCACGUGUCACUCGGGGAACGGCGAGUGCGUGGCACUCGCGUGGAUGUGCGACAGCCAUGGAGACUGUUCGGAUGGUUCAGACGAGGCUGAGUGCAACAUCACCUGUCGAUCCGACGAGUUCACGUGCACAAACAAGUACUGCAUCCAAAAAUUGUUUGUUUGUGACGGGGACGACGAUUGCGGAGAUGGUAGCGACGAAAAGAAUUGCAAGUCAGUUACCUGUGGCCCAACGGAGUUCGCCUGCUCGGAGAAUAGUUGCAUAACGUCUCUUUGGAGAUGCGACGGUGAUGUCGAUUGUCCUGAUAAGUCCGACGAAAUUGGAUGUAAGUAUGCGAACGGUGAACGUUCGAGCCCUUGCAACAAGGACAAAGAUUUCGAUUGCGACGACGGUUUUGGAACGUGCAUACACGAAAGCUGGGUGUGCGAUGGUGAAAAAGAUUGUCGUAACGGUGUCGACGAGUCGCCCAAACGAUGUCACAAUGUUACAUGCAGACCUGAUCAAUUCCUGUGCGAGGAUUAUCGUAAUUGCAUAUCAGGUCAUCUGUACUGCAAUGGCAAAGCAGAAUGCGCAGAUGGUAGCGACGAGAAGAAUUGUACGAGCAAACCCAUCAUUUGCGAUCCGUUGACACAAUUCGAAUGUAGCGAGGGUUCGUGUAUUCCUCUGUCCAGCGUGUGCAAUAAGAAUCCUGAUUGUAUCGGUUGGGAAGACGAAAAUACCGAGCUUUGUGGUGUGGACGAAUGCGCGAAGAACAACGGAGGAUGUUCGCAAAUCUGUAUCGACUUGCCAAUCGGCUUCCGAUGCGACUGUAAUGCCGGAUACAGACUGAUUGAUAAUCGAACUUGUGAUGACAUAGACGAAUGCUUAGAACCAGGUAGCUGUUCCCAAUUUUGUUUGAAUGAAAAGGGCAGUUUCAAGUGCAGUUGUGCCCCAGGUUACCUUAAAGAUCGCAGGAAUCAUACUCGUUGUAAGGCAUCUGAAGGUCAUGCCAGUCUGCUUUUUACUAGUAGGCACGAUAUAAGAAAAGUAGCAUUAGAUCGUUUGGAAAUGACAAAUAUAGUAAAAGACACGAAAAUGGCGGCAGCCUUGGAUUUUGUUUUCCGUACGGGCAUGAUCUUCUGGAGCGACAGUAGCGAAAAGAAGAUCUAUAAAGCUCCAAUAGAUGAAGGAAAUGAACGUACCGUCGUAAUUAAUGAUGGUUUGACAAGAUCAGAUGGUCUUGCUGUUGAUUGGAUAUACAAUCAUAUUUAUUGGACCGAUUCCAAGAAGAGUACCAUAGAAUUGGCUAAUUUCGAGGGUAAUAUGAGAAAGACCUUGAUUCAAGAUCGCAUGCAAGAACCUAGAGCAAUAGCUUUGAAUCCAUUGGAAGGUUGGAUGUUUUGGACUGAUUGGAGCGAUGAAGCUCAUAUCGAGAAAGCGGGCAUGGACGGAUCUCAUCGAACGGUAAUAGUCGAUAAUGGCGUACAGUGGCCAAAUGGACUGACUUUGGACUUAAUCGGCAAGAAAGUAUACUGGGUAGACGCGAAAUUGAAUAUGAUUGGGUCAUGCAAUUACGAUGGUUCGGGUGUACGAAGAGUUCUGUUUUCUCCAAAAGUAUUGAGGCAUCCCUUCAGUAUUACAACAUUUGAAGAUUACGUAUAUUGGACUGACUGGGAUAAGGAGGCAAUAUUUAAAGCAAAUAAAUUUAAUGGUCAAUCAGUUGAAGCUGUUACGUCGCUUCGAACUUUGAAAUAUCCAAUGGUCGUUCAUGUAUAUCACCCAUACAGACAGCCAGAUGGAAUGAAUCAGUGUCAAGCUGUAAAUGGUCAUUGUAGUCAUUUAUGCUUACCAGCACCAAGAAUUAAUUCCAAAUCACCUCUUCUUAGUUGCGCUUGUCCGGAUGGCCUAAGAUUGUUACCUGAUGGUUUAAUGUGUGUAGAGAAAGUAAGUACAACUGUAGCACCUACAACGCAAGAAAUUAGUAAACCAUUCAAGAGACUUGAACCUGUCAACAUUACUACUACAACUGUCCAUCCAACACAUUCAGCAGAUGAAGAUGGAAAAGAUGGUUUGACAUCUGAAUCAACAGACCCUGGUUUAGUUGCUGGUAUAGUGAUAGGUGUGGCAUCCUUGGGGCUGUUACUCCUUGCAUUAGUAGCAGUAUUAUGCUAUAGGCAUUAUCUUCAUCGUAAUGUAACAAGUAUGAACUUUGAUAAUCCAGUAUAUAGGAAAACCACAGAAGAUCAAUUCAGUCUUGAGAAGAAUAGGUUUCCACUCCCUACUGCUACAGUUGGAGAAGAGGCUCAGGAACCUUUAACAAGUCCUGGAACUAAUGAUUACGUUUAAGAAUGAAUCUGUCAAUGAAACGGGCUUAGCAGGCUGUUGAAAUAUAUUGUCGACCAAGUAACACAAAAUCAUGUAUAAAAAAGCGAUGAAGCGCAUGUCGAGCGAGCCUGUCCAAUAAUAUGCCUGCAUUUGCCCACCUGCCUGCCAACUCAGCUGUGAUUAUGUUUAUUUUUUGUACUGUCUCUAUUUCUUUACAAAUUUGUGCAUCUUGUCAUUCAACUACUAUUACACGUGUGCAACAUUUAGAUUUGCUCCGAGGCAUAAAGGGAGAAAUAUUUAGGUAAACUAUAAUUGUUGCCAAAUAAGCGUUUAAGCAUCAAAUUUCGGGUAGUUUGAUAAGGUACAAUAAAACCCUAUUUUAUAAUGUUUUCCUUUUCAUUUACAUACGAUAACAUGUAACAUCGUGCUAUUUAUGAU